AUGGUUGCAAAAGAUCAGGAUAGUCAUCAUCAAGAGGAAUCCAUGAGAGAAAAUCUGGAGCAGUUUGAAGAUUCAGACGCGGAAGAGUCUCUCUCACUCUGUGAUCUACCCAUUUAUGAUAAAUCACAAGCAUCAACAACAACUACCAAUUGGAAUGGAAAUGAUGAUGAUGAUGAUGAUGAUGAUGAUGAUCCACGGCGUAUGUCUACCGAUCAAGAGCUGUUCGAGUUCUUCUCUGAUCUGAAAGCUGAUAUAUGCCCUGCCGAUGAUAUAAUCUUCUGCGGUAAGCUCAUUUCCUAUAAGGAGAAAGAAUGUCACCGUGAGGAGGAUAAGAAUCCUAAUCUUGAUGUCUUUGAAUUUGAUGAUGACGAUGGAAAUCAGACUUGUACAAUUAAAAGCUUCUUCCGUCGACGACGACAACGAUCGGAAUCGUUGAAUGCUCUGAAGAGAUCUCAAUCGAGUGCCAAAGACCGGUUGAAGCGAACCAAUUAUCAGAAAUUACGAAGAGUUUCUAGCACAACGAAGAACACGGUGGAUCUAAAUGAUCGGUAUAAGACCGGUAAGUCUUCCGGAAAGGGGAAUUCUUCUCUUUCCACAUCAUCGACUCCGGCGAGACCUAGGUGGCCCUUGUUGAUGUUUGGAAUGGUGAAUGUUCCCAAGGAGAUGGAGUUGAAGGAUAUAAGAAAUCGGCAGAACUGCCGGAAUCCAACAUUGUUGUUCCCGGAAUUUGUCGCCGGCGAUGUCACCGAGAAGGUUAGGGUUCGGAGGGAGGAAAAGAAGGGGUCUUGGAGUUUGCCAAGAGCGUCGAGCUGCAGGGGACGUGGAUGCAUUCCACACGUAUGA